AACAUUUCUGCUGCUAUAGGACUUUGGGCUACUAUAAAGCUUAGCAAUGAAAAAUAAUAGCAUCCUCAAGGAAGAAGAGAUCUUGGGUAGCACCAAAGAACCAGCAGCCUUCCAACAAACCAUGGGCUCUAUGAUGGAGACCUUUGAACUGAAUGAUCCAAAGCCCAAGAAGAAAAUCAGGGUGAACUUCUUCAUGGCACUAGUGGUCAUCUACUUGAUCCUGCUAACCGUGGGCACUGGGCUGCUGGUGAUGCAAGUUCUGAAUCUGCAGGAGCGGCUCAGAGCGCUGGAGAUGUACUUCCUCAACGGAACGCUGCCCGUGGAGGACAACCUGUCCUUCUUCAAGCACCCUGAAGCACAUCUGGCAGGGGGCACCCUGCAGCUGCAAAGCUUGCAGGCCCAGCUCCUCCAGGUCCGCACGAGCCAGGAGCGCCUGCAACAGUGGGUGGACAACUUCUUCCAGAACCCAGAGAUGCUGAGGAUCAAAGGUGAACGAGGCGCCCCAGGUCAAAAGGGGGCUCAGGGUGCACCUGGCCUGCCGGGGUCUCCUGGCCAGAAGGGAGCCACGGGAGCUGCAGGAAACAAUGGAGCCACAGGUGCUCCAGGUCCCCAAGGCCCACCUGGCAUCAAGGGAGAGAAAGGCUUCCAAGGACCCCAGGGUCCACGAGGGCAGCCAGGAGUCCCCGGUGCUCCAGGGCCCCAAGGAGAGAAGGGCAGCCAGGGCGGUGGGGGCCUCAUGGGCCUCAAAGGGGAACCAGGAGCGAAGGGAGACAGAGGAGACCCAGGCCUCCCAGGGAGCAAAGGAGAUGUGGGCAUGAAAGGAGACACAGGAGCCAUGGGGCCCCCUGGGCCCCCAGGAAGCAAAGGUGACUCUGGGAAGCCAGGCCCACAAGGUUUAGUUGGAUUGCCCGGAGCCAAAGGAGAUCAAGGUCACUCUGGAGUGCCUGGGGUUCCCGGCAUUCCUGGCGUAGCAGGACCCUCAGGUGCCAAGGGUGAGCCUGGCAGCAGUGGCCCCAUGGGGCCAAAAGGCUCCCCGGGAAGUCCAGGGAUCCCAGGAGUUGCAGGACCCAAAGGAAGCAAGGGGGACACAGGACUUGAAGGACAGAAAGGAACAAAAGGAGAAUCGGGAGUGCCAGGCCCUGCAGGUGUGAAGGGAGACAUGGGGAGACCUGGGCCAGCAGGCCCCAAGGGAGACAUUGGACCAGCUGGUCAGAAGGGAGAGAAAGGAUCUUCUGGGCAGCAAGGAGAAAAAGGAGAAAGAGGUCAAAAAGGCGAGUCCUUCGUCUCCGUCCGAAUCACUGGCAGCAGAAACCGUGGCCGGGCUGAGGUUUACUAUAACGAAGAAUGGGGCACGAUUUGUGACGAUGACUGGGACAACGCGGAUGCCACCGUCUUCUGUCGCAUGCUCGGUUUCUCCUCUGGAAGGGCCCUGAGCAGCUAUGGAGGGGGCACCGGGACCAUCUGGCUGGACGACGUUUCCUGCCGCGGGACAGAGGUGAACCUGGCGAGCUGCGGCAAGAGGGAAUGGGGCUCCCACAACUGCGGACACAGCGAGGACGCUGGCGUGGACUGCAGCUGACAUGGAGGACCUAGGGUCACCGCUCUGCCCGGAGAUGUGCUCUGGCUCGCACGCAUACGUGGACUGGGAGCCGCUGGGCGGUCUCUGGGGACGGGAAGGCUAAUAAAGCUCCGAGCUCUA